AUUGUUAGAGUGGUUCUUGCCAUCUUGGUCGGUGGUCUUGUGCUGGGCCAGAUCAGCGCCUUCGCGCCAGACUACGUUAAAGCAAAGGUUGCAGCUGCUCGUCUCUUUAAAAUCUUUGACCGCGAAUCUUUAAUUGACAGUUCCUCCGAAGAUGGAUUAAAACCGGUAAGAGUGUUUUUUUACUUUCGUUCUCAGAAAGUUGUGGAAAGGUCGGUCAAUGUCUCUACACUCGCCCAGAUAGUUAUUCACCGACAUAUGAAGCGACUUGCUCAAGUAGUUUAAGGUUGGGAGAAAUGGCUUUAUCUGUGGAAAAUAGUUUAUUGGCUAUAACGUCGGCACAGAUUAUAUAGCUGAAUCAAUUUGGCACAGGUAAAGAACUCAUCGCCCUUAAACAGAUUGUUUACGUGAUGUCACGUGACCAUAAUUAAACGUUAAGGCACAAGAAGUCCUGGAGAUUUAUUUUUUGGGAAAAAAAAUCAUUUUGUUCAAGGUGUCUUAGCAAGAUAGAUUGCCAGUCAUUUAUAUGCUCCGAACACACAUUUGACCCAGGCCGUAAACCCCUUGAGUGGUUCAAAAACCCGACUAGGAACCUUUUAGGUUUAACGUAGACUGGACUACUGCAACAAAAUCUCUAACUAGUUCGUUUAGUUGGUUGGGUUCUAGACCUCAAAGCGGUAGGCCUUGGGUUCCAUUCCUGGUGGGACUAACAUUCAGGGUCUGAAAAUCACUGCGGGGAAUGUGCUGCCUUUCUUUCACAUCUGAUAUUGGUUAGUCCUUCCAGUCUUCUCGGAUAGGGACGAAACAUCGUAGGCCCCGUCGCUCUGCAGUGUCACUGAUUUGACUGCACUUGUACUACGCCAAAAAAAAAAACAUAUUAAGGACGUGACAAUGGCGGACUGGACCUCUCCCCCGCCUAUCCUCGUUGUGUUAGCCCAACCACUCUUGUGGUUUAAGUGUCCCAAAUCUAAAAUUAAUCGAAGUCUAGAUCUUAGUCUAAAUGUAAAUCUCAAGUCAAAAUAACCUAAAUAUGAGUUUAUUUUUCUUUUUAUACUUGUAGAGCUCUAUAACAGGCACCGUUCAGUUACGAGGAGUGCGUUUCCGUUAUCCAACGCGUCAAGAUGUUAAGGUGUUGCGUGGAUUAUCACUUUCUGUUCAAAAGGGGCAGAAGCUAGCUCUCGUUGGAUCAAGUGGUUGCGGUAAAAGUACGGUGAUCUCUCUCUUGGAGAGAUUUUACGAUGCAUUGGAAGGAGAAGUGGUAGGUUUAAAGAUGACGUUGCGACAAUCAGAAGAAUUUGAUCUAAAUGAGUCCUAUUUCCCCUAAAAGUAAACUGAACGACUUAAGAUACACAUUUAGUUUCUAGUCCAACACUGUGUAAGGUAUGUACGCGUGCACAAUAACAUCAUGAGGUUGUCCCAAAUUUUAGGUGGUCGAAUUCGACGGAUAUAGACGGCCAUCUUCACACCUUCCUUAAAUCAGUCCCGUUUUUCCUGUUUACGAUUUUAUGUUCAAGUUCUCUUAGGAGAGGGGGGAAAAGUUUGGUUUCGUCAGUAGAAGUGGUAACCUGUAAAUACAUUCGCCACACAUUGCUCUCCGUCGCUGGGAUGUUUCGAAAGAGAGACCUACGCGGCGGCAGGGAGCGAUACAUGAGAGGCGGCUACAAUCGUAGGCUACAGAAUUGGCCAGUUGAACAACAGUUAAGUGACGUGUCAAGCACUGACGAUAUUUGUGCGAUUAACAAUUUGUGAUAUCCCGGUCUCGAUUGACAGAAAAUGAAUUUCACAUUUUGCAGGCAGGUAACUUUUUCGACCUGAUUUGUCUUGAUCUAUAGGCAAUCGAUGGCAAUGAUGUUCGGUCGCUGAACAUUCAGUGGUUGCGCUCACACAUUGGUAUCGUAUCACAGGAGCCUGUUUUGUUUGGUUGCAGCAUCGCUGACAACAUCGCGUACGGAGACAACUCGCGUGAAGUGGGACGAGAUGAAAUAAUAAAGGCAGCUGAGGCUGCCAACAUACACAGCUUCAUUAAUUCCCUACCCAAGGUAAUUUAGACUUUUACAUUGAUUAACGUUAUGGGGAUAACCACACGUUGAAAAUAUUGUACCUGACAAACUAGUUGAAAGGCGCUGGCAAAAGGAAACAGCAAAACACUUAACCAAAACGAAACGAUAAAAAGAGGACAAAGAUAGACGGGUUUUUGAACCGACGACCCUCAAGGAGCCGUUCGGAUUUUAAUAAUACGGGCGACCAGAAAAGCCCACAAUCCUAAUCUCCCGGAUGUAACUAUUGCACAUGCACGGCAAAUAUGUAGCCAACAUUCGUUUGGACUUCAUAACUAAAAUGAAUGGAAUGCACAGAACGCAAUCUGAUCAGGCGCGUUUGAACCUUGUACCACUCGUAUUCCGAUCACGUGCGUUAUGACCUUCUAUCUAGUGAAACUGAAGCGAAGCACAGCGUUCGAUCAAGAGCAGUUGUACUGAUCUCGCCCCCGCCCCCGCCCCCUAUCCUUUGGUUUUUACUAAUAUCGAACGUUCUCACAUGACAUCACGGUGGCCAUAUUGGUUUUCAAACAGUGAAACGGCGGCCAUGUUGGUUUAAUUGAAACAGGAGGAGGAAUCAUAGAAUUCCCCGCGUGUAUAUAUAUAAGUAAUUGAAAAAAAAGUAAGAAAAUAAGAAAAUAAUUGUCUGUAGUAGGCGAAGUGUUCCCGAUUUGAUGAAACUAGGUGCGCACGGUGGUCUCGGGUAAUUUUUCAGCAAGCGGGCAAGGUGGUGCUGGUUAAUUAGCGUUUUCUUCUGUUCCACGCUGUACUACGAGUAAACCAUGCGAAGAUUUACAACUCAAAAGCCCGAAAAUUUGGUGUUCAAAGGUGUUUAGUCAGCUUAAUUACAACUCUAGCUAACUCCAAUUUAUUGUCUUCAUGAUAUUUUCUAGUGAUACAUUUAUGCAAGCUCGAUUAUAUUAUUGUAGUGGUCAUUGUUGAUCAGCUGGUUGACGUUUUUAAAGCAAACUACUAUGUUAUUAAACUAAAAUACAUUGGUGUUAUACUGAAAGUUAAAAUAGAACACUGUAUGGUCGUAAUACGUUGAAAUUGUCCGAUUUAUAGAUCAUCAGAUUGUAAGAUCAUUUACUUCACUGAAAAAGAAACAAGUCAAAUUUAAAACAUUCAACAUAUAUUCAGUAUAUAUUUACCAGAGAAAACUUCACAAACAUGUUAUCAAAAGUGGUGGUAACCGUAGUGAAAACUAUUUCUAGUAAAUAUUUAGUGAUCGUAUUACUUGACUAGAAGGAGUUUGGUCUCAGCAGAAUUUUAGUCUGAGCACGGGUUGUUUUUUGAAAUGCAAGCCCCCUGUUUCAUACUUCAGGACAGAUCCUUCUUGUUUUCUGGGGCAGCCUGUCAGUACUCAAGAUUCGCUUCUUUCCGCUUGCGAAGUCGUACGUUGAAACUUGUACUUAAUCGAGUCUGUUAGGCAUUUUUGGUAGGAACAUCAACCUAUCUCAGUGGACCUGUUACGUUUGUUUGUAGGGUUAUGAUACUCUGGUAGGAGACAAAGGAACUCUCAUUUCAGGGGGGCAGAAACAGAGAAUAGCCAUUGCUAGAGCUCUGGUCCGAAAUCCACAGAUCCUACUUCUUGAUGAAGCUACUUCUGCUCUGGAUACAGAGAGUGAGAAGGUAAGAGCGAAGACCGUUGGCGGUUUCUAUCUGUCUACAAGCAGUAAGUUCAUCUCUAUGUAACACGGAUCCGUUUGGGUCCAGAGUGUCCGUCUUAGAGAGGUGUCGGUCGUAAGGCUGGUUUCCACAAGCGGCCCCGUCGAUGUCGAAAUGACUAACAGCGUAGUCACCAAAUGCGCCUACAAUCACCGUUUCGCUUUCUUCGUCCAGGCUGCGGUUUCAUAAAAUCACCGUUCAUUUUUUUAGUGUGUCAUGAAACAGGAACCAACUCGUAUCUAUGUUUUCAAUGGCUGGAAAUAGCAGUUAAUGGUUACGUGAGUCAUCCUUGUCAUCAUUCGAAUGCCGCCGAGAUCAACGGCCGAUGCUCCGCCAUUAGGUACUGCAUUGUAUUGUUCAUUACAGUACGUUCGGUGCGUUACUGUGUUCGUAAUGUGGUACUGGGCUCGUGAUAUGAUAAUACAAUUAACAGGUUUGCUUUCCACAUAACAGGUUGUCCAACAAGCACUGGACGCAGCAAGUGAGGGUCGCACAGCUAUCAUCAUUGCUCAUCGGCUAUCCACCGUCCAAAAUGCUGACGUCAUAGCUGUCAUUCAUCACGGGCGCGUGAUGGAGCAAGGCACGCACCAGGAACUGUUGGGCCGUAAAGGAAUUUAUCAUGGCCUUGUUACAUCGCAGAUGCAAAACGUCAAUAAUUAA